AAAUUACAUUCGCUUUGUAAUGGACUUCAGAUCAUUCACAAACAAUUUUUAUUCCAUGUAUAUUAUUUUUAAGACUUUAAAUUUUUGAGAUUAAAUUAAGGAAACAGUUUUAUGUGAUAUGGUGAAGAAUACGAAACAUUCAGAGUAGUUUUUUAGGUUGAAGUGUUUAUUAAUAACGAUGGAGCAAGAUGAAAUUAAAUCUGGCUGUUUAUUAUUUCCCCCCGCCGGAGGAAAUGUGUUCAUUAAAUUCCCUAAAAAGAAAAAUUGGCAACAAAAGCAUUGUAUACUUUUUAAUAAGAGUAUUCAAGGUAUUGAACGUCUUGAAAUCUAUGAUAAUAAAGAUGAUGUUACUUCAGGUGCUAUACCAAAAGUGCUGACACUUGAGAAUUGUAUAAAGAUUACUCAUUCUAGUCCAAAUACUAUAACUAUACUUACUAAGUCACAUACCCAACAAAUCAGUGCUCAAUCAGAGGCAGAAACUUUGGAAUGGGUGACUGCCCUUCAAUCUGUUGCCUUUAAGGGACGGGACUUGAGUCCUAUAGGCUGUGAUGAAGAUAAUGAUCUUUAUUGUUCCUCUGGUGAAGGUGUAUUUUCUGUAGUCAUGUGCACAUCUGAAGCUUCUACCAGAUGUGGUUUUGAACCUAUUAGGUAUCUCUUACUAUUGACUGCUACAGCAAUAGAACUAAGAGAUGUAAAUGACAAUAAACUAUUUGCAACAUGGCCAUAUAGAUAUAUAAGGAGAUAUGGAUACAGACAGGGUAAAUUUACAUUUGAGGCUGGUAGAAAAUGUGAUACCGGUGAAGGCAUAUUCCAUCUGGAACACACUAAUCAAUCAGAAAUUUUUAAAUGUUUGUCUCUAAAAAUGAAAACCAUGAAACAAAUGAUUGGUAAUGACAAUCUUAAUAGCCCAGAGCAUAGUGAAUUCAAUAUUCAGCCAAAUGCUAACCUAUUUCCUGGUUCUAGAAGCCCAUUGGUUGCAACCAAACCUGAUGAUUUGAAUUUAAGUUCUCUAUCUUUUAAAACUGCUUCAGUAUCGAGUCAUCAAACUUGUAGUACAGAUAGGGAAUCGGUUCCUUUACUUAUGCCUAAACCAGCACUAAAACCGAAACCACAAAAACCUCCUCGGAAAAUUAUAAAUAUGCAUAAAGGUAUCACAAAAGAUCUGACUUGCUCUACAGAUGAAAGUAUAGAUUUCGGUAGAUACAAAAAACUGGACAACUAUGAACCAAUUGAGCAAAUAAAACGGGAAAUUAGCCCUCCUUCAGUGCCAUACGAUAAAAUUGAGUUAAGAAGUGAAGCUUGGAAGACAUUAGGUAUUGAUGACCCAGAUCAUACUGAAUUCACUCCAAAUUUAGUAGAUAACCCAAAUUGUAUGAAGCUUAUAUCACGAUCUCAGGACAAUUUGAACACUUCUGGACCAGAUUCUUCAAGAAUCAUUUUACUACCUAGUCCGGUAGUCGACCCAGAGGAUGAAAACUAUGAUAGGCUGCAGUACUUCGGAUCAACAAGCAAAUUAAACAAAUCUUCCAGAUACAAGAAGAUUGAAGCAAGACCAACAACUUUAGCUCUUGGUGAACCGAAAAAUAAGGAUACUUGGAAUGACUAUGACGAAGUUGAAAAUGUAAUGCAGACAGCAAGAUUGGCUGAUGAUUCUCACUUAGGUUAUGGUAUGAUAAGAAAACCAAAUACUCCUGGACCACAAGUGCCAACCGCUGCUCAAGCCCAAGCAUUACAAAAUCAAGUUGGCUUAGAAGAAAUCAACCAUAAUAUUUGUAAUGGUACUGACUAUGCUAUUGUUAGUCGCCCCAAAAGAGUGUAAAGCAAAAUUGAGAUUUGUUUUCCAAGACUGAGAUGAAGCUUCCAAAAGCCACUAUUUGAAUCUAACAUGUCUGUGAAUUUAAGCAUUCCCAGGAUAUUAACAUUUGUUUUAUUUUUAUCAAGUUUUAAGUAUUUUAAUAGGUUUAUUUUUAUGAAAACUAUACCACUAGCUUAAUUAAGGCCAUGAGGCACAAAUAUUCACAAUGCUCUAUGUUAACCUGUAAGAAUUAUUAAAAGACAAAUAUAAAAUGUUUAAAUGUUUACUUUUAAAUAAAAACAGUCAUUUAAUUUCAUUAACAACAUAUUUGGAACAUGAACAGAAUUUUGUAAGUGAUUUACAUUAUUCCAUGUAAAGUAUGAAGUGACAAAUUCAGUAUUAAAGAGGUUUUAUGUCUCGAAAGCAAUAUUUUGUUAACCUCUGCUCAAAUUUAUACAGCAUGUUCAUAGUAUUAUUUUAUAAAAGACUAUUCUAGCAUUCCCAAUUGAUAUUUAUAUGUAAGAAGCUUAAGUGUUAUUUUUUAAAUCUAUAUGUAUAAAUUGAUGACUAUAAAAAUUGUGAUUUUAUUGUGCCUUAUUGUAACAAUCGAUUACAUGUUAAACUAAAUGCAUAAUUAUUAUGAAUUGUAUGUUUGUAAUUGUAUUUUAUAUGUUUGAAUUUUUUUACUUUUAUUAUACUGAAAUACUUGCGUCUUUAUAAAAGCAUUUAUGAUAAUAAUGCACUUAGAUUGAAAUGUAAUUUGAGGGUUUAGAUUCUAUUAAAAAGUUAACCAUCUGGUGCCAAUUUAAGUACAAUAACUAUAAACAUUAAGUACUGUUUAAAAUAAAACUAAUUUUAAAUAUUCAUUAUUAAUUAUGUUCUAUUGCUAUGUUACUUAUUCAAACAUUAUUUUAUAUUAUUAUUUGGCCAUAUAAUGAAAUAAAUUAAGUCAUGUAAUCUUCA